AUGUCGAAGCAACUGCCGAGCACCCAAAGAGAUGUGGAGGCUCUUAUCCGUCCCUCAAAAUGCCCCGAGGGUAAUCGGUUUAAUGUGAGGAAUUUGGCACAGUUUAUUGCUACCGCAGGUUUGCUAGCCACUGGGUACCGGUACCUUUGGCUCCCAUGGGCGCAUCCGAUUAACUAUCGUAUUGGAGCUUCCAAUGGCGAAGCAACCAGCAGAGAAAAUCGGUUGGAAGACUUUCAACAAUGUGCCAUUAAGAACCUUUUAGAUACCGGCUUGCCCUUCUUAGAGAACGCAUCUCCAAUCACAACCUCCGAUUUCCAGGAGCGUCGAGACCGGCUAGCGCAAGCGCUGGUGGCCGAGGACGUUGAUGCCUUCGUAGUGGAGCCUGGAUACACCUUUAAAUACUAUGGCAAUGUGAGCCAGCCAGAAUGGGAAGUUUGGGAGCCAGAAGAGCGUCCCUUCCUGAUGGUUGUUCGUCCAGUCCUGGACCAGACCACAGGCCAAGUAAAGGCAAACACGACAUUUCUCUGCCCGUCAUUUGAAGCCGAACGAGCGCGGUUGUUAGGCAUGCCGUUCACGGAAGAUAUUCAAAUUGUCCCAUGGGAGGAGCAUUGGGAUCCGUACGAUACACUUCACCAGUCCGACGUGUUUCUUGGCGUCAGUCGUGUGCCACGAUUGAUGGUCGACGAGGAAAUGCGAGACUUCAUCCAACGGGGCCUUGGGUCAGGGGGCUUUGAUGUAGUCGGGUUGCGCGGUCGUGUCGAAGAGGUCCGACAGAUUAAAACUGCCCGCGAGAUCGAGAUUCUGCGUGCAGUCAACACGGGUACCGUCGAAGCUGUGAGGCAGAUGAGGAAAUGUCUCUAUCCCGGGUUGACCGAGAAUGAAAUAGCCACCGUGCUUGAUAAUGCACUGCGAGCAGCUGGCAUGGAGCCAUUCUUCGACAUUGUACUCUUUGAUGAGAAUGCAUCAAACCCGCAUGGUGGAACAGACGGGGAAAAGGUUCUAGAGGCAGAAACCUUUGUUCUAAUUGACGUCGGGUUGGUCUGCCUAGGCUCAUCUUUACGGGUAUUCCUCGGAUAUCUGUCGUACUUUCUUCCCCCUUUCCUUGAAAAGCCGGCGGAAGAUGCAACUUUAUCCCCAAAAUUGAAGGAGAAGCUCAAGGUUUGGGAUAUUGUGUUCGAAGCCCAAACCCAAUCAAUCCACCAGAUGAGAGAAAACUCGACAGCGGCCAGUGUCGAUAUUGCUGCUCGCCAAGUGAUCACUGAAGCUGGAUAUGGCGGAACAUUCACGCAUAGAGUCGGUCAUGGAAUUGGAAUUAAAGCCCACGAAAGUCCAUAUCUUAACAAAGGCAAUCAUGGUACUCUUCUCAAAACAGGGAUGACGUUCACAUCGGAGCCCGGUAUCUACUUGGUUGAUAAGUUUGGCGUGCGACACGAGGAUAUACUGCUUGUCCAGGGAAAUGAAGAGCCACAACUUCUGACGGGAACCCGAGCUCAAGGGCCUUGGGAUCCCUGA